AUGGCUAGCCCUGCUGUUCUCACCUUUGAUGCUGAGGGACGUGCAGUUGACUUUGACGUGUGGGUUGACGACCUGCAGCUCUUUCUUCAGUGUGAUUCUAGGGAUGGGGUAUCCCUUUUCGAUCACACGUCCGGUGUUUCUACUGCUCCUGCUGCCACUGCUGACAGUACGGUUCGCUCGCAGUGGACCACUCGUGACGCUGUUGCUCGUCUUGCUGUUCGUAGUCACCUGCCGCCUGCUGAGCGCGCGCAUUUUGGCCAGUACAAGACUGCUCAGUCUUUGUACGACGCUGUAGUUGCGCGCUACUCCUCCCCUGCCACUGCUGCCCUCAGCCGCCUCAUGCUGCCGUACCUUUUCCCUGACCUUGCCGCCUUUGCCACAGUCGCUGACCUAGUUGCUCACCUCCGCACUAGUGACGCCCGCUACCGCGCUGCCCUUCCCACUGAGUUAUUCAGGGACCACUUUCUCUCCCUUUGCCCCACCGAGCUGACUGUCGACCUGCCAGAGGAGCGCCUUGCUACAGCUGAGAAGAGUAUCUUAGCUGUAGGUGCUUCUCGCGGCGACCGUCGCACCCCUUUCUUUGAGGGGUGUUCCCCUGUCCCCCUUCUCCCCUCUGUUGCUUCUGCUGCUGCUGUCGACCUCGUUGGCACUGAGGAGGUCGGAGCUGCGUCUGCCCCUAGUGGGAGACGCCGCAACAGCAAGGGCAAGGGGAGCAAGGGUGGUGGAGGGGGCGGCGGAGGAGGCGGAGGGGGUGGCGGUGGAGGUGGGGGUGGUACCGGGAGUGGGGGCUUCAGUGGUGGCGGUGGAGGUGGUGGAGGCAGCGGCGGAGGUGGUGGAGGCAGCGGCAGCGGUGGUGGAGGUGGCGGCGGCGGUGGUGCUGGUCAAGGUGCAGCCGCGCAGCCAGCGCCAGCAGCAGCCGCGCUCCCUGUCCCGCCCGACCCGGGCAUUGCGGCUGCUGCUCUAGGUGCUAGUGCGUCUGCUGCUCCAGGUACUAGUGCGUCUGCUGCUCCAGGUACUGGUGAGUCUGCUGCUCCAGGUGCUGGUGAGUCUGCUCUCUCUGGUACUGCACCUACUGAGGCCUUGCACACUUUCACACUUGACUCUGGUGCUUCGCGCUCUUUCUUUAGAGACAGCACCACACUCACGCCGCUCAGUCAGCCUGUCGCAGUCUCCCUUGCUGACCCCUAUGGGGGCCCAGUCCUUGCGCACUCUUCCACGGUUCUACCGUGUCCUGCGGCCCCGUCGGGCUUGCUGUCGGGACUCCACCUCCCCUCGUUCUCUACGAACUUGGUGAGUGGAGCUGACCUCCAGGACGCGUGGGUUGACCAGUUCGCCCCUGGAGGUAUGGCCUCCCGUGCCCUUGUCUCGGGUCUACCCCGGUCCCUCCCUCCCCUUCCUCCGGGGCCUGCCCCUACCUGUGUUCCCUGUGUCGAGGGCCGGCAGCGCGCCGCUCCUCACUCCUCCACGUUCCCUCCGACUAAGGCUCCUCUGCAGACUCUUCACAUGGACGUGUGGGGCCUAGCCCGCGUCCGUGGACAGGGUCACGAGCAUUACUUCCUGCUGGUCGUUGACGACUACUCGCGUUACACCACAGUCUUCCCCUUGCGCAGCAAGGGUGAGGUCCCUGAGGUGUUGAUCGACUGGAUCCGCGGUACUCGUCGCCAGCUCAGCGAGCGGUUCGGCUCGGACCUUCCUGUUCUGCGUCUGCACUCAGACAGAGGUGGUGAGUUUUCCUCCGACCUCCUGAGGGCCUUCUGUCAUGCGGAGGGCAUCCGCCAGACGUUCACGCUUUCGGCCUCCCCACAGCAAAAUGGGAUUGCUGAGCGCCGCAUUGGCAUGGUCAUGGACGUCGCUCCUACGUCCAUGAUCCAUGCGGCUGCUCCCCAUUUUCUGUGGCCGUUCGCGGUUCAGUACGCUGCGCAUCAGAUCAACCUUCAGCCUCGUCUCUCCUUGCCGGAGACCACACCUACUCUGCGGUGGACGGGGAAGGUUGGUGAUGCGUCCGCGUUCCGUGUCUGGGGAUCUCGAGCUUUUGUCCGCGAUACUUCAGCGGACAAGCUGUCCUCCCGUGCCGACGUCACGUUUGACGAGUCGGUGUCUUACUACCGUCUCUUUCCCUACCGCACUGCCUCUCUCCCCCCCCCCCCCCCGCCGCUCUUCCUAGCACCAGGUACUCCCCCGGUAGACCCCCUCCCCCCCCAGGGUCCUGCCCCCUCAGGUGUGUCCCAAGUAGACCCUGACGAGCCGGUCGAGGUAGCUGUCGACUCAGGUGCUGCUAGGGGUGCUGAGCCUGCGGGUGCGGGGACUGGGGGUGCGGGGACUGGGGGUGCUGAGCCUGAGCGUGUGGAGCCUGGGGGUGCUGAGUCUGGGGGUGCUGAGUCUAGGCGUGCUGAGCCUGGAGGUGCUGCUGGUGCUGGUGCUGCUGGAGCUGCUGGAGGUGCUGCUGGAGCUGCUGGAGGUGCUGCUGGAGCUGCUGGAGGUGCUGCUGGUGCUGGUGCUGAUGGAGCUGCAGGAGGUGCUGCUGGUGCUGGAGCUGCUGGAGGUGCUACUGCUGUUGGAGCUGCAGGAGGUGCUGCUGGAGCUGCUGGAGGUGCUGCUGGUGCUGGGGGUGCUACUGGUACUGGAGCUGCUGGAGCUGCUGGAGGUGCUGCUGGAGCUGCUGGCGGUGCCGCUGGUGCUGGAGGUGCUGCUGGUGCUGGAGCUGCUGGAGCUGCUGGAGGUGCUGCUGGGACUGGAGCUUGA